AUGGUGCAAUUAAACAUUAUUGUCUUUGUUACGUUGAUGCUUCUAGCUACAAGCAGUUCUAAGCCAUCUGAUUUAGACACCGUGAUACGCGUUCCAGAGCCGUGCAGGGGUAUGCAAUAUUGUCCUUACAAGCCUGAAGGCUAUGAACUAUUUGAAGAUAAAAUGGAUAUUGUAUUCAGGCAGUUUCUGAAGGUGAACAGUACGAGAUUCACUCGAUCGAUACGAACUGAAGAAGAACAAAUAUUUCCAGACGAAUAUUUACCUUCUAUACUAUCGCCCAAAAGCGACUGGCAUAAUUGUCCUUACGAAACCAAGAGGGUACGAUUAUACCUAGCGGACUACCUUGACGAAGAUAAAGUGGAGGUAGCUUUAAUAGUACAAACAAAAGAAGUGCGACAAGUGUUCGACAUAGUAACUUGCGCGAAAAAAUAUAUCCCAGAUGGUGAUGAACAAUGUUUCCAGGAUCUGUCUAUAGCGAAAUCGGGAUUAAAAUCAGCGUGUGAAGAAACGUAUGCUCAACGUAAUGUAUAUGUAUAUAAUUUAAAGGAAAGGAAAAUCGACGUAAAAUAUUUGAGUUUUCCCGUUGCCUGUACUUGUAACGUAUCUUACAAAUUCUAA